AGUCACUCUUCUAAGGACAUCCUCAACACACCUCUAUCUAUCUAUCUAUCUAUCUAUCUAUCUAUCUAUCUAUCUAUCUAUCUAUCUAUUAUCUAUCUAUCUAUCUACCUAUCUAUCUAUCUAUCCUCCUCCUCCCCCCCACCACCUCUGUCCCUGUCCAACCACCCACGAAGGAGUCCCAAAAAUGGUAUGUCGUUUUCCUCGGUCUACCAACACCGUCUGUCUCAACUCGUGGCUUCCGCAUCCUCCUGGACACAACAUGGCGGCAGCGCGACCUUCACCUUCCCCGGCGUCAUGUCUCUCGCUGGCAAGGACGACCAACACGGAGGACACACCUACACGCACCAGGAGGACGUCACGCAGCACAGCUCGCGCCUCGGCUCCAAAACGACGGGGAACGAUUAUCACGAAAACACCCACAACAACAACCACCACAACCACCACAACAAUAAAAACGCGACGGAUCAAACCGUUGAGAAUCUCAUCCCUCUCCCAGACUGGUCCGUGGCGUUAGAGCAAUGGGGAGUGUGCUGGCAGAUCCACACCUUCGGAUUCUCCGUCCUGUUCCUGCUUCUCACCUGCUUCAGCCUUGCCAUUUUCUUCCGGUUCCGUUUGCGCGUGCGCAGACUGAAGAUCGUGUUCAACACGCUGGUGCUUCUGGCCGUGUCCGGCGUGUUCCGGGCAGUCUUCCUGCUCGUUGACCCCUACGGAUACCAGGACAGGAUGGCCGGGGUCAUGGUCGGGGUCAUGACCCAGGGAGUCUACCCUUUGCUCUGUGCCUGCUACGGACUCACGCAGGUGAUGUUGGUUCGUAUAACGAACGUAGAGGCGGGGCCCGGAAAACUGCGCAGUCUGAGCGCCCUGCUAGGCUGUACCUUGUCCUACCUGUUCCUGGUGGUUGUCAUAGAAACCCUGGUCUUCUACCAGCGCAAGCUCAAACUGUUGCUGCUGUUGGACAGCGGCUGUUUCAUCGCCUGGGCGCUGUAUCUGGCUGUGACGUUCAUCUGUACUGGAUUCCGACUCACUCAGUACGCAUCAGAGACGAAGCGAGCGCGGCGUGAGCUGAACGCAUUCGGCAACCAGAGACGGACGGCUUCCCAGAACGCCGCAGCAGCAAGUCACAGUGCUUCCGGUCUCAGCGCCGCCAUGUCUAGCCCCACAACGGGAACAGCUGGAGGAGGCAACUGCCUCUCGGAGACGGGCAAUGACGUCAUCAACGAUCUCGUGUCGCCUGGAAUCCUGUCUCCUGGACAUGGCUCAAAUGUUCAGUCGUCAGGUGUGACGGGUUCGUCUUCAGUUCACGACAACCUGACAAACGCUGCGACGGGGAUCAACAACACGAGCUUCCCCGCACCCCAGACCACAGGGCGAGCGGGCGGCAACGGUGCUUCGACCUUACGUCUGUCGCGACCGAAGCUCAAGGUCUCCGAUCACAUGACGGUAACCAUAGCAACGGACGAGGACGACAACUCUACCAGCUCCACUGAUGCUGACGACGGGCCGAGGUCACUGGGUGCGAACAGGUCUCGUGGGCCUAGGCGGUGCGGACACCAGAAGACCAGGAGGAGCAGAAGUAGAUCCAAAGCUUCGACGUCUGCUGAAGCGUACAUCCAAAUCUCGCCUACAGAAACAGCGCCCCCCUCCGGGAAAUCUGCAAUGUCCGUGUCGGCAAUUUCUAGGAAACUUGGCUUUUCAAAGAAGAGGGAGACGAGUAAAUGCAGCUACACGUCUAUUUCUAAGAACGAUGAGCCGUCAGGGAAAUUGUCUUCUGCGGGUCCGGCACAGAAGGGGAAAUCACAACCCGAGUCUUACGGAAACGCGUCUGAGCUUCCUCUGCUAAAUCCGCCGCAGUCGUUGGUAGAUACUGCAGAUGGUAAGAUAGAUGAGGCGAACAAAAAUAGAACAGUUCCUUGUGGAGGGUUGUCGAGAGAGCCAGACUCAGAUGAUUCUGAAGAUGGUUAUGAGAGUGAGCCUGUGGGUGGGGCGGGGAGAAAAAAACAGCCCGAAGCUUCCAAUAUGGAAGAGGAUAACAGGGUGACUUUUAUAUCUGGGAAUCCCACUAAUUCACAGCUACAUCCGAGCGGCUUGCAAGCGACGAGUGAAAGUUUCUCUCACGAAGAUUCGUUGGUACCUCAGACGCAAUCAAUGAUAGCCCCGACUGGGGUGGCUGGUAAAGAUUCCAGUUCGAUUCUCAACGCAAAUGUCGUGUCUGACUCAUCCAGAGAAAAUGGUUACCUCGCCGACACAGAGAACGUGACGUCAUGUUCCCUGUUGUCCCGAAUAGGCAAUCACUUGUCGCGCUCUAAGCCCCGCCCCUCCUCAUCGCUGAUGGUGACGUCAAUACCACACAUCAGACGUCAUCGCACCUCCCACCCCCGCCACUCUCACCCCCACUCGCCCUCGUCUUCCAACAAAACCUCAUCGUCAUCAUCAUCAUCAUCAUCAGACUCAUCCGACGCAGACGACAACCACAUCGACGACGACGACGACGACGACGAUGAUGAAAACACAACAACAACAACGACCAACGCGACAACGACAGCAACGACUACAACGACAUCAGGAGGAGGAGGAGGCCGAGGAGGAGGAGGCCGAGGAGGAGGAGGAGGAGGUGGAGACGGUAGCGGAAGGGCAGGAAGUCUGAGCCCUGUUGAGCACCGGUCAUUCUCGACCACGCCCUCUCUCGGCCUGUACCGAAUCCGUCAGAGCAAGAUGGUGCAGCGAGCAGUCCACCUGACGUACCUCGUGACCUUCCUCUUUCUCUUCGCCUGCCUCCUACAGCUCUACACGGUCUUCGGCGUCUAUGGCGUGCUUACCACCGUCCCUCGCCCGGACCCUUGGCCUUGGCUCAUCUUCCAUACCAUAUUCAGGAGUAUCGAGGUGAGCAUUGGUCUGGUUCUGGUGGCUAUCGCCUUCAUCACGCUCAACCACAGGCACCAGCGCGCCAAACGACGACAGCAACAGCAACAACAGCAGCUGCAGCAGCAGCAACAGCACAUGCAUCCGGUCCGGGACUGUGUCGUCUGAUGUGGUUGGGCGGGAAACUGCAGAAGGA